UAUACAAUUCUCAAAGAAAUCUCUUGAACAAAAAAAAAAAUAACUCAAAAAUCAUUUUAUUCUAAUCCAUUAUUUUCCCAUGGCUUCCUCUCCUAAAAUCACCAAUAUACCUUACAAGAGGCUUUCUCUAGAAGAUGAUGUCUUCGGCCAAACAACAAGAAGAUCGUCACUAUAUUCUUACAGGUUCAGGAGAGUGGUGUCGUUGGGAGGAAGAAGGAGGAUUAGGGUAAGAGUAAAAAUCCGGAGACUAAGGGGAUUUGUGAGGAAGAAAGCGAGUAGGGUUAAGCUUGGAAUCUUGAAGAUACUAAAGAGGUUGAAGGAGAGUCAAUCACACUUUGGUGAUCUCUUUGCUGGUAAUUACCUCUUCAUGCAAGUUAAUCCUUCUUCUCUUAACGCUAAGUAUGUUUUCGACAAAUCUUUUCAAGGCCAAAAUGGUAACUUGCCCUCUAAAUUAUCUUUUCCUAGAGUUCUUAUGUAAAGCCAGAUGAAAAUACAUCAACUAGUAUAGUUUCUGUGGGUUUUUUUUUCUCUUUCUAGUUACAUAUGUGGCUAUGUGUCUGAUUUGUAAUUUCUUUGCAAAGGAAAUAAAAAAUACGAUAUAAUGGUUAGUACUUAAAAUUCACACUUGUUUUAA